AUGGCAAUGAGCGCCCGAGAGAUAAAGGCGUUCGACGAGAAUAUCCAGAAGAUUGCCGCGAAGUUCGAGAACUCGAAGUCCAAGACAGUGAAGAAGCGAUUGGCGGCCAUCGCCAAGAAGAUUGAGUCCAGGAGUCAACAGCUGAGCGCCGACUCGGCCUUCGAGCAGGACUUCGAGCCCAUCGAUGAUGUCAACGAAGACAACAUUGCGGUCAACGACUCCGACGCCGAGAGCUUUAGGACGUGCCCGGAGAGUCAGAGUCCGCCGCAAAAGCGACGCCGAAUGACAACCGAAGAGUUGUUAUUAUCGGACACUAAUGGACCGGAAGUGGCGACUACUGAGAGCCAGGAGUCAGAUAUGGACGCUUUGGGAACUAAUACUUCGGAACUUAAUUUGAAUGAAUCGAUGGAAACAAAUGGUGGCGAAUGUGACACUCCUUCUGAAGCACAAGUAGUGGACACGAAUGACACGUCUGUCCAACAGCCGUGCGACCCUGAUAAUGAAUUAGAUGACAACAAUGUAAUAAAUCGCCUCAAAUUGUGUCGUAUUAGUGGCAAUAACAACCCAUUGAAUGAUAACAUAGUUGAGCGCCGGGAGGUUUUAGUCGCUGAUAGUGUCCAUCACUCGGAAAGCCAGGAAACAUCACAAGUACUGAGGGGUCCGGACGAGAGCGAUACUUUGCAUCCAAUAGCCAUAGCCUGUAGUAGUCGUAUGGGCACCGAUAGGUGUGAUGAGAAACCAUUUGUCUGUCGUGAAACCAAUUGUGGCAAACGAUUCACUCAGAAAUCAAACCUCAAUCGACACAAAGUCAUACAUACGGGCGAAAAGCCAUUCAAAUGCGUUGACAAAGAUUGUGGCAAA